GGGGGCUCUACGAGCGCGUCGGGUUCGAGUGGCUCGGGCGCAGCGAGGUGGUGCACGGGUCGAAGCCGUGGUACGAGAUGCGCAAGCUCCUCCCCAGCCCCUCUGCCGCGCCUACCGCGCCGCAAUCACAAGUCCCGGCAGGACUAUGGGAGGCCCUGCAAGCGUCAUCCUCGCGACCCCGGCCCGCCUCGCAGCUCCUCCCCUCCUUCCCGAACGGCCUCGCGGACGUCCUCUCCCCCGAAACCAACACCAACAAGCCCGACCUCCUCUGCCCGCGCCCCGGCUGCGGGAGCCUCAUCCUCAAAUCCGGCGCCGCGACGCUGCAAGAACGGUCGAGCAUCCUGCUCGAGCCGCCAGAAUAUCAAAGCAGGAGCCCACUGGCACCCCUCCCGCCGCCGGGCACCCCUGCGCACUGGUGGCUCGUCACGCCGUCCCCGAUGGCGUUCGAGAAUAUCGGCUUCAGCAAGCCCCUUACGGACAACCCCAGGAUGAAGCUGCUUGCGUGCGCGGAGUGCGACCUGGGGCCGCUAGGCUGGUGCGAGCAGGGCGGGCGCGAGUUCUGGCUCGCGGUGGGGCGGGUAGGGUACCGCGUCUGAUCAGGUCAAGGAGUGCCCCGGGCAGUUAUCCGUAGCAGCGGGAGCUCAAGGUCUCAAUCAAUAUAUUUUGUGCAUGAAGAGACAAUAAUCUAAUCACGAGGCACUUGCGACCAGUGCCACUUACAGUACUUAAGGCACACAAUAGGCCGCACGUUGGAAAGGAUGUGAAGACAAUCCAAUGGCAUCCCUCCGACACAACGUCGCAUACGCACACGCGUACGCAUAACGGCUAUACAGC